AUGCGCCCUACAGAAUAUUUGUCCGCACGUGUGACUCCAACAACGUCCAUUCCCAGUUCUCCAUCGUCUCCAACGCCAGCGACCUUACUCAUCAGCCAGGAGUUGCCCACAGUGCCUCAGCCUCCUCAGAUAUGUUCAGAAGCCGCCAACCCGAACACUCCUUUGAGCAGACUGCGGAUCGCGAUGAAAAAUAUAACUCAGUUGAAUGCAUUCUAUGACGCGUUCCUAGUGUUCUUCAGUGACGAACACCUGAGUGAAGAACCAGCGCCAGAGGAGCGUCGUUUGGAGUACAUCAGCGGUUGGGAAGGUUCUGGAACAGCUGCCGUAUUGGCUGACGGCGGUGCUGCCAUCUGGGUACCCUCGGGGGAAGUGAGACGAGCUCGUGACUCACUGUCCUGCGCCUGGCUCGUGUUGGAUGAAAACGAUCCGAGCCAACCAUCCAUCGCCGAAUGGAUUAGCGAACAUCCUGGAAGGAACGGUCGUGUGGGUGGUGAUGCGAGGUUGAUCUCAGCUGCUGAAUGGCAUUUGUUAACGGCGAGCCUCUCACAAGAAGGUCUUCAAUUGGUCCAUGUACCGACCCUAGUAGACCAGCUCUGGGAUACGGAAAUUGAUCCGGCGAAGAGACGACCGGAAUUCUCAAGGAUUGUCGCUAAUUUACACAAUAUAGAUUACACAGGUGUAUCCUGGCGUGAAAAAGUGCAAGCUGUUAGAAACGAAUUACGACCUCUUGGUUCAGAGGCGAUGGUAGUAACCGCCUUAGACGAGGUCGCUUGGCUCCUCAACAUACGCGGCAAAGACAUUCCGUAUGCUCCUCUUCUAAAAGCAUUCGUCGUUAUUGGCUCUAAAGACGUCAGAGUUUAUGCCCCGGCCGGCAAAUUAUCUUUACCAGUCCGAGAGGCGCUUGGCGUAUACAAUUGUUACGCUAACACUAAUAACUGCACAAGAGUAAACGAAUAUAAAACUAUAUACUCGGAUUUGAGACGAGCUACUGAAUCGAAAAUUCUUGUACCAACCGCGGGGACAUUCCAACGCGGUGCAUCAGCGGCCAUCUUGCAAAGCGUACCACAAACGAAGCGGGUAUCUCAAUUAUCUCCAAUAAUAUAUCUAAAGGCGCAGAAAAAUCAAGCGGAGAUCAAAGGUAUGCGCAAAGCGCAUUUACGUGAUGCUGUAGCUAUGAGCACGGUACUCAGUUAUAUGGAGGGCAUGGGAAAGUCAAGUUUAACGGAGAAGUCAGUAGCUAUGAAGGUAGAUCUCACGCGUGCUACCCAGGCUGGUUAUGUAGGUCUGUCAAUGCAGACAAGAGUGUCCUUCGGACCUAAUGCUGCUGAAUCUGAGUAUAAGGUCACUAAUACAUCCAAUAGAAGAAUAUUCACUAAUUCAACGCUCGUCAUACAAUCGGGAGGACAGUAUGACGAGGGCACUACCGUAGUAACCCGUACUCUACACUACGGCAACCCCACUCGUGACGAGCGUAAGGCUUACACGACAGUACUGCGUUCUCUGUCAGCAUUGUCAAUGCUGCAGGCUCCGUCUACUCUGCCCGCCGCCCACGCUGAUCCUCUCGCUAGGGCUCCACUGUGGAAUCACAAGCAAGACUACAUCCCGCCAACGGGACACGGAGUUGGCGCUGCCUUAAACAGACGAGAAGAUCCUGUGGUUAUCGAUUAUCGUCAAGACACCAAUCUACAUCCAUUCAGAGAGGGAUACUUCAUCACUAGUGAACCCGCCUGGUAUGAAAGCGGAAAAUUUGGUGUUAAAUUGGGCAAUGUCUUAGAAGUGGUUCCGAGGACUGGAGGAUACCUGGGCUUCAGAGAGGCUACAUUGUUGCCUUUCGAGCCUAAAUUGAUUGACAAAAACCUACUCACUGAAUACGAGAUCAAUUGGCUAAAUACAUACAACGACCGAAUAAGGAAAACCGUGGGACCCGAAUUAAUGGACCAAGGAUUAACAGACGUUUACUACUGGAUGAUGAACAAAACUAUCAAAGUAGAAUCACCAAGAACCAAGAAAUAUACAAACUCCGCCUCUUCUACAUAUUUAAAAGUGCCUUUAGUUUUUGUCUUAGCAAUUACUAUUAAUUACGGUUGA